GGGAUCCCCAUGUCUCCAAGGUGGUAGCGGAUGAAACGACAGUCCUUGAUGUCCCUGCUGAGGUCAGCAGGCCAGCCGCCAAACAUUUUCACAGGCUGCAAGAACAGGAAAGCACAAGCUCCAAACAGGAACCACGGCAAGCCAAGGUGCCAAGGGUUGAGAAUCAGCACCUCAAUACCAUCUCAACCAUUAAGGUCGAUGGUAGAUACAAGGAAGAAUUGGAUGAGGGUGUGGAUCUCGGAUCUGCAGCAGAAAAAGUGGAGACUGGGCAUAAAGAGGCAUGUCCAGGAGACCUGGAUCUGUUGUCACCCUCAAGCAUGGUUCGACUCAGUGCUCACUUGGUUGGCAAGCCAUGCAAGGUGCAUGCUGUGGCCAGCCAGCUCCAGACGUGCCUGCAGGACUGUGGUGGCAGGACAGCUGGGCAGGAAUCCCAGAAGCCCGGUCCUUCUGAAGGAGAGAGUGUACAGACUUGUAAGAAAGAGAGCAAAGCUUCCAAAGACUCCAAACUGGUAUCCCCAGAGCAUGGGGAAAAGGACCCACUGGAUAGGCCUCAGGGGCAGGAGGACUAUACGGAGCUGGUGGAGGAACAUUUUACUAGCCCAAGCCCCCCACCGAAAGCUCUGUCCCAGAAGGAGGCGAUCAAGCGCAGGUACCACUGUGGGGAGUGUGGUAAAACCUUCCUGCAGCUCUGCCACCUCAAGAAGCACCGCUUUGUCCAUGCUGGCCACAAGCCCUUCCUGUGCACAGAGUGUGGCAAGAGUUACAGUUCAGAGGAAAGCUUCAAGGCCCACGUGUUGGCCCACCGGGGUGUGUGGCCUUUCCAGUGUACCCAGUGCAACAAGGCUUACCGCACCAAGCGAGACCUGCAGGAGCACCAGGUCCUGCACACUGGCCAGCGCCCCUUCUCCUGUGAGCAGUGUGGCAAGGCCUUUGCACGCUGGCCCUCUCUCCGCAUUCACAGGAAGAUCCACCUGGCCGCUGGGACUGGCCCAGCUGGUCCCAAGGGGUGUCAGUGUGCCGUAUGUGGACGCUACCUGGCCAACCCUGGCUCCUUGCGCAACCAUAUGCGCCUGCACACGGGUGAGCGCCCUUACGCCUGUCCCUACUGCGGCAAGGACUUCCGACAGCAGAGCAACCUGCGCGAGCACCUCCGACUGCACACAGGGGAGAAGCCCUACAAGUGCCACUUCUGCGGUGAUGCCUUCCCCAAGCUGCCAGAGCUACGGAGACAUCUCAUCUCCCACACGGGUGAGGCCCACCUGUGCACUGUCUGUGGCAAGGCGCUGCGGGACCCCCACACGCUGCGCGCCCAUGAGCGCUUGCACACAGGCGAGCGCCCUUUCUGCUGCGAGCAGUGCGGCAAGUCCUACACCCUGGCCACGAAGCUGCGGCGCCACCAGAAAUCCCACCUGGCUGACAAGCCCUAUAAAUGUGAGCUCUGUGGCAUGGGCUACACCCUUCCCCAGAGCCUUGCGCGCCACGUGCUCGCCCACAAGGCAGAAAAGGACCCUGAGGAACUCGCCGCUGCAGUGGCCUCUCUUGGUGUGGACCUACCCCGGGUAGCAAGGAAAAGGCCUCAGAGGAAUUACCACCAGGAGGAGGUUGUGGCAGAGCCCACCUUGCUGAUGGUGGAGGUGCCGGGGCCAGCAAAUGAGGUCGAGCUGCUGAGCACAGCCAGCAGUCCCUGCAUUGCUGCUUGCCAGUCUCAAGGCAACCCCCCAGAUCCUGGGGCACAUGGGGGGCCCACUGGGCAUUUGCCAUCAGCAAAGGACAUCAUUAAAAUUACUGUCUCCGAGCAUGAAAACAAGUACGUUAUAGUGCGGGAUGAGGGCUCAGUGAGUGACAUGGUCAUCAUCCAGGAGGGGGUGGGCUUUGGAGCAGUGGCAGAAGUGGUGGAGGUUGAGACUGAAACCUGA